AUGACUACAACUGAGACAAUCGAAGAAAUUGAAAAUUUUGAAACAUUUUAUUUAAUUUGGCUUGGUGAUUCGAUGAAAAAUGAAAUUCGACAACAACUUCGAACAAUUGUUAAUUAUUUAUUAAUAUUUGAAGAUGAACAAAAAUGUCUUCAAUAUAUUUAUUCAUUAUCGAAAGAUGAUCGAGUUAUUUUAAUUAUUAAAAGAAAGUUAAGUGAACAUUUUAUUCCUCAAAUUGUACAUCUUCGACAAAUUACUUCCAUUUAUAUUUAUUCAAAUGAUAAAAAUAUAAAUGAACAAUCGAUAAACAAUCUUAACAAGAUAAAAGGCGUAAUUGUUCGACGCAAUGAACUUAUUCAACGAAUUCAAUCAGAUUUUAAUCAACGACAAUUUUAUAAUCUCGAUGAAAUAUUAUCAAUAAAUUUUUUUAAUUCUAAAAAGACUGAUGAAAAUUCCUUAUCAACUAAUUUAAAUUCUGAUUUUAUUGAUUCACAAAUAUUAAUUGAUUGUUUAAUUUGUAUGCAAUCAUCUUCAAAUGAUAAAAAUGAAUUAAUUACAUUAUGUAAACAACAAUAUAAGAAUAAUUCUAAUGAAUUAAAUAUUUUAGAAGAAUUUGAAAAAGAUUAUUUAUCUGAACGAUCAUUAUGGUGGUAUACGAGACAUUCAUUUCUUUAUCGACUAAUGAAUAAAGCAAUUCGAGUACAAAAUAUCGAUUUAUUAUUACUUUUUCGUUUUUUUAUUCAUGAUAUUAGACAACAAUUGAUAAAAAAUAAAUCUUUAUCUUCUAUUCAUGUUUAUCGAGCUCAAUUAAUGUUCAAAGAAGAAUUAGAAUUAUUGACAAAAUUGUCUGGAGAAUUUAUUUCAAUAAAUUCAUUUCUUUUAACUACUCCGAAUUAUGAACAAACUCGAUAUUUUCUCUCAUCAUUGAUAUCAUCAGAUAAUAUGGAAAAAGUAUUUAUUGAAAUUAUUGGUGAUCCUCAACGAGAUGAUAUCAAAUCUUUUAGUAAUAUUACUUCUUAUAGUUAUUUUCAAAAUAAAGAAGAAGUUUUAUUUAUGAUUGGUUCAAUCUUUCGACUUGUUCGUAUUAAUCGUGAUAUUAAUAAUAUUUGGAAUAUUCAAUUAAUUUUAUGUUCAAAUAAUGAUCAUCCAUUGCAAUCAUUUAUUCAAGAAAAAAAGAAUGAAUUAGACAUUGUUGAUACCGAUCCUCUUUCAUUUGGUUUUAUUCUAGAACAUAUGGGUAAAUUAGAUAAUGCAGAAAAAUACUAUCAUUAUAUACUUAAUCAAUUACCUAAAGAUCAUGAAGAUAUAACUCGAUGUUAUCAUGCAUUAGGUGAAGUAACACAAAAGAAAGGUGAUUAUAAUUCAAGUUUAAAAUGGUACAAUAAAUCACUUGAAAAUGAUACACAAACAAUGAAAAUAGAUGAUGCAAAUAUUGCUAUGAGUUAUAAUAGUAUUGCUGUUAUUUAUUCAAAAAAAGGUGAUUAUACACUUGCAUUAGAAUCAUAUGAAAAAGCAUUAGAAAUUUGGAAAAACAUAUUUGGUGAAAAUCAUCCAGAUGUAGCCAUGUGUUAUAAUAAUAUGGGUAUUAUUUAUCAAGAACAACAGAAAUAUUCUGAUGCAUUAGAAUUUUAUCAUAAAGCAUGGAAUAUUCGUCAACAAUAUUUUUCUGCUGAACAUCCUAGUUUAGGUCAAACAUAUGCUUGUAUUGGUAAUGUACAUUAUCAGCUCGGUCGAUAUGAUAUGGCAUUAGAACAUUAUAGUUUAUCACUUGAAAUCUUUAAAAAAUCUUUACUUUCUCAUCAUCCAGAUAUUGCAAUGGUAUUACGAAAUAUUGGUUUCGUUUAUCAAGCUAAGAAUGAACUUCAACAAGCAUUAUUUUAUAUGGAAAAAUCAGCAAAAAUCUAUCAUCAUUUAUUUCCUUCAACACAUCCUGAUGUUAUUCAAAUUGAAAAAAUUAUUCAUCAUAUUUCAUCGAAACUAUAA